AUGAGUGAAAAGAAUAGUCGUAUUGCCAUUGUCAAUCCUGACAGAUGUAAGCCUAAAAAGUGUCGUCAAGAAUGUAAACGUUCUUGUCCAGUUGUCAAGACAGGUAAAUUAUGUAUUGAAGUCACUCCCACUUCAAAGAUUGCCUUUAUUUCAGAAGUUCUUUGUAUUGGUUGUGGUAUCUGUGUUAAGAAGUGUCCAUUCGAUGCAAUUCAAAUUAUCAAUCUUCCAACUAACUUAGAGUCCCACACAACUCAUCGUUAUUCUGCUAACAGUUUCAAGUUACACAGAUUACCAACUCCAAGACCAGGUCAAGUUCUUGGUUUGGUCGGUACAAAUGGUAUCGGUAAGUCAACCGCUUUGAAAAUUUUAGCUGGUAAGCAAAAACCAAAUUUAGGUAGAUUUGAUGAUCCACCUGAAUGGUCCGAAAUUAUCAAAUACUUCCGUGGUUCUGAAUUACAAAACUAUUUCACUAAAAUGUUAGAAGAUGAUAUCAAAGCCAUUAUCAAACCACAAUAUGUUGAUAAUUUACCAAGAGCUAUCAAAGGUCCAGUUCAGAAAGUUGGUGAAUUAUUAAAAUUAAGAAUGGAAAAAUCACCUGAAGAUGUCAAGCAAUACAUUAAAAUGUUGCAAUUAGAAAAUGUCUUGAAGAGAGAAGUCGAAAAAUUAUCCGGUGGUGAAUUACAAAGAUUUGCUAUCGGUAUGUCUUGUGUUCAAGAUGCCGAUGUUUACAUGUUUGAUGAACCAUCCUCUUAUUUGGAUGUUAAACAACGUUUAAACGCUGCUUUGAUCAUUAGAUCCUUAUUAGCCCCAACUAAGUAUGUCAUUGUUGUUGAGCACGAUUUGUCCGUUUUAGAUUAUCUUUCUGAUUUCGUUUGUAUCUUAUAUGGUGUUCCAUCUGUCUAUGGUGUUGUCACUUUGCCAUCUUCCGUCAGAGAAGGUAUCAACAUUUUCUUGGAAGGUCACAUUCCAUCUGAAAAUUUGAGAUUCAGAACUGAAGCUUUACAUUUCAAAUUGGCAGAAGCAAGUGAUGACCUAAAGAAUGAUGCUACUCGUGCUUAUACCUAUCCAUCAAUGAGACGUACUCAAGGUGAUUUCAUUUUGAAUGUCGAAGCAGGUGAAUUCUCUGAUUCUGAAAUUUUGGUUAUGAUGGGUGAAAAUGGUACUGGUAAAACUACUUUAAUCAAGUUACUAGCUGGUGCUAUCCCAGCUGAUGACGGUACUGAAGUUCCAAAAUUAAAUGUUUCCAUGAAACCACAAAAAAUUGCUCCAAAGUUCCCUGGUACUGUCAGACAAUUAUUCUUCAAGAAAAUUAGAGCUCAAUUCUUGAACCCACAAUUCCAAACUGAUGUUGUUAAACCUUUAAGAAUUGAUGAUAUCAUUGAUCAAGAAGUUCAACAUUUAUCCGGUGGUGAACUACAAAGAGUUGCCAUCGUUUUAGCCUUAGGUAUCCCAGCUGAUAUUUACUUAAUUGACGAACCUUCUGCCUAUUUAGAUUCUGAACAACGUAUUAUCUGUUCUAAGGUUAUUAGAAGAUUUAUUUUACAUAACAAGAAGACUGCUUUCAUUGUUGAGCACGAUUUCAUCAUGGCCACCUAUUUGGCAGACAAGGUUAUUGUCUUUGAUGGUACCCCAUCCAAGAAUGCUCGUGCCACUGCUCCAGAAUCCUUACUAACUGGUUGUAACAGAUUCUUGAAGAAUUUAAAUGUCACUUUCAGAAGAGAUCCAAACUCUUUCAGACCAAGAAUCAAUAAAUUAGAUUCUCAAAUGGAUAAAGAACAGAAGUUAUCUGGUAAUUAUUUCUUCUUAGACAAUUCUCAAGUUUAA